CGCCAUGAAGCCUCGCGCGCGCCGGCUGGCCUCUAUCAGCGCCACUGGAAGCGCGCCGCGUCCACGGCCCAGGACGCGCGUCGCGCUGGCAAAACCUCGUGAUAACCCAGGCACAGCGAUGUGAAAGUGGGGACGUGAGUCCAUCAGCUGGUGCGGCUGAACAUUCUCUCCUCCUCUGGCUCUGGAUUGUGGAUUGUGACAAGUAGCAGGAACAGGAACCAAACGGGACCAGGACUAUAACGACUUCCCGGGGAUUGUCACUUCUCUGCAUUUGAUCGCAAGGGUUCCCCCCCUUACGACAGUUUUCGCCUGACAGCGCGCCUUCCCCCGGAGCCAAGACGUUGUUCCCCGUAGAGCCGGGGUGCCCCAGUCCGAGCAGCGCAGUCCGUGCGGGGAGGUCGGCACUCGGCGUCCUGCAGGCCGGCGACAUGAUGGUCCACUGCGCCGGGUGCGAACGGCCCAUCCUGGACCGGUUCCUCCUCAACGUGCUGGACAGAGCCUGGCACGCCAAGUGCGUCCAGUGCUGCGACUGCAGCUGCAACCUCACCGAGAAGUGCUUCUCCAGAGACGGAAAGCUCUAUUGCAAAAUGGACUUUUUCAGGCGGUUUGGCACAAAAUGCGCGGGCUGUCUGCAGGGAAUCUCGCCAAACGACCUGGUGCGUAAAGCCCGCAGCAAGGUGUUCCAUCUCAACUGCUUCACCUGCAUGGUGUGUAACAAGCAGCUGUCCACGGGAGAGGAACUCUAUGUCAUAGACGAAAACAAGUUUGUGUGCAAAGAAGAUUAUUUGAGCUCCGGAGCCAUCAAAGAAGUCAACUUGAACUCAGUGUCGUCGUGUACAGAUAGGAGUUUAUCGCCGGAUCUGCAGGACCCAAUACAGGACGACAUAAAGGAGACGGACAAUUCCACGUCCUCAGAUAAGGAAACGAACAAUAUUGAGAACGAGGAGCAGAACUCGGGGACCAAGCGGCGGGGGCCCCGGACCACCAUCAAGGCCAAGCAGCUGGAAACGUUAAAGGCGGCUUUCGUGGCCACGCCGAAGCCGACCCGGCACAUCAGAGAGCAGCUGGCGCAGGAAACGGGUCUGAACAUGCGGGUCAUCCAGGUUUGGUUCCAGAACAGAAGAUCCAAAGAGCGACGGAUGAAGCAGCUGAGCGCUCUGGGAGCCCGGCGGCACGCUUUCUUCAGGGGCCCGAGGAGGAUGAGGCCGCUCGGAGGCAGGCUGGAGGACCCAGACAUUCUGGGACCGGGGGCCUACGGCUACUACGGAGAAUACCAAGGGGACUAUUAUGGACCGGGGAGCAACUAUGACUUCUUCCCCCACGGCCCUCCGUCCUCGCAGGCUCAGUCUCCAGCCGAGUCCCCCUACAUCCUGGGCUCCGGCCCCGGGGCCAUGGAGGGCUCGGGCCACCACCCCUCAGACGACCAAAGGUUCACGGACAUGAUCUCCCACGCGGAAACCCCCAGUCCGGAGCCGGGAUUACCGAGCUCCCUGCAGCCCGUCCCCGGGGAGGCGUACGGGGGCGGGCCCAGUCCCCCUUUCUCCUUGGCCAGUAACUCCAGCUACAGCGCUCCCAUGUCCCACCAAGGCCAGGAGAUCGGAGAAACCACAGCCUGGUAGAGGACAAAGAGACACGCAGGGACCAUUCGCGGGCUGAACGCCCAGUUAAUUCAGGAGAUGAAUCAACACAAAAAAGACAAAAAAAAAACAACAACAAACAAACAGAAAAAAAAAAACAUUGUUGAGUGAAAAGUAUAGAUGAGAUUUCUAAGGGGGGACUUUUUAAAAUCACGCACUGAUUUUCGCCACUGAUGGAAACAGAGUGGAUUAGCUCGCAGGAAAAAGUUGCUGCCCAGUAGACACUCCAAAGCAUAUCCCUUCCUGGAUAACUGGACUUGAAAUGUUAAAGAAAACACACACACACACACACAUGUCAAACAAUCCAUCCAGCAAAAACGCGUCUCGCCUUCCCCUUGUUGUUCACCAAGGUAUCUUCUAAUGAAGGAACACAUUAGACAGUAAAGCCAAAGGGGACAUGCUCAGCUUCUUUUUUUCUUCCCCUCUUAAUUUCUCUUCUCAUAUGUUUUGCUUUAAAGCAAUAUCACAGUUUGUUCUGUUGCUUCUUUUAAGUUGAUACAACUCAGUAUUACAAAAAGACAAGGGACCCAUUUGAUCCACGCUUUAAUGUUCAUAUAUAUAUAUAUAUAAACUAUAUCUAUAUAUAAGCACGUCUGUCACAACCAAGACGGGAUAUGUUUUUUCAAAAAACGUUGUUCAUUUUCUACAUUUUGUGUCACACAGUAUGUCAAAUCAAAGGCUGCUGCUGCUGCUACCACUCACACACACACACACACACACACACACACACACACACACACACACACACACACACACACAAGGCGCCGACUUUCUCCAGCAGGAGUCUCAGCUUUACAUACCUUAAUGCACAUAAAGCGUUCUUGAUCACAGCCUAAAAGGAGGCCGUCUAUACCAUUAUUCAAAACACGGGCGCACAAUUAUACAGACACUUGUACCCACACGAACACACGCACACACAAAUCUCACACCCAUCCAGGCGGCCCUGAUAGUUCUGCUCUGCACACUGCUUCACCUGACCUUCCUUUUGUUACUGUCCCUUUUAAAAAACAUGUUUUAAUGGAAAUGAUUUUCAAAAGAACAUUGAACCCAUAAUGGAGAAUGUCCUUCAACAGCUGAGGUCUCCUUCCUCUAAAGAGAGAAAACAAAAGAGGGGGCAGACAACAUCUGUGACAUUACCUCUGUCUGCUCCGAGGCACUCGUUGCCAUCUAGUGGCCGCCGUUUCAAUGCGCGCGAGCGUU